AUGAGGCAUGAAACCAGUUUUUUUUUCUCUAUCUCUCUAUCUCUUUCUCUCUCUUGUUCGCUCGCUCGUUUUCUCAUUCACUCCUUGUUUCCACCAUCUUUCUUUUCGCUUCAUCCUCUUUCUUUUUAUGUCUUUCUAACUGUUUCCCCUUUCUUCAUUAGCUUCUCUCUCUCACACACGCACUCACACACACAGGCACAGAGAGAGUGGGGGGCAUUCCUUAUUUUUUUCUCCUUUGAUCUUUUUUCUUCCUGUUUCUUUUUCUCUUCCUUUUCUUUUUCUCUUUCUCUUUUUCUUUUCAUUUUCUUAUUAGUUCUUCUCCCCCCCCUCACUCUCUCUUUCAUUUCUUGUUAUUUCUUCUUUGAUCCUUUUCCUUUAUUCAUCAUUCAAUUUUAUCUGUCUCUUUCUAUUAGUGUUUUCUCUUUCUCCCUUAGCAUUACCAUUAGCAUCCUUGCUCUCUCACCCUCUCUCUUUCUCUCUCUCUCUCUUUCUCUCUCUUUUCUCUCUCAUUCUUUCUCUCUCUUCCUCUCACUAUCUCUAUCUUUCUCUCUCACUAUCUCUCUCGCAAUAUAUCUAUCUCUCACCCUCUCACUAUCUCACUUUCUCACUCUCAUUAUCUCUCUCGCAUAUUCUCUUUCUCUCUCUCCGUCUCACUGUCACUCUUUCUUUCUCUCUCCCACUAUCUCUUUCUCUCCCCCAUUCUCUCAUUCUAUCUCUUUUUCUCUUUCUUUCUCUCACUUUCACUAUUUCUCUCACUAUCUCUCUCUAUCUUUCUCUCACCCUCUCACUAUCUCUCUUUCUCACUCUCAUUAUCUCUCUCGCAAAUUCUCUUUCUCUCUCUCCAUCUCACUAUCUCUCUCUUUGUCUUUCACUAUCUCUCCCGCACUUUCUCUUUCACUCUUUCCGUCACACUGUCACUCUUUCUUUCUCUCUCUCUCUCUCUCUCUCUCUCUCUCUCACUAUUGCUUUUUCUCUCCCAUUCUCUCACUCUGCCUCUUUUUCUCACGCUCUCUUUCUUUCUCUCACUUCUCUUUCUCUUUCUCUUUUCUCUUUCUUUUUUAUUAA